GUGAGGAUGAUGCUCGAGGGGAUGAGAGAGCGCAACGAGAGCUUUGAGCUCGUGUACACGCGCAUCGCCGGCGCGCCGCCGCUCGACGACCACGCCGCCGCCGAGGAGUGGCGCGCGUCGGGGUGCGGGACCCGCGUCCGCCUGCGCGAGGCCGGUGGCGCGCGCGACUGCUCGGCCGUCGACACGUGCGCCGCCGGCGGCUGGUUCGUCCGGUGGGCGGCGCGGCGCGCUUGCGCCGAGGACGAGCUUGCUGUGCUGGCGACGCCGCCUGGCUGGCUCGCCCGCAAGCUCCUCCUCGCCAACCCGUACCCCAUCCUUCAGCCCGCGGGAAGGUACUGCGGAAGCAGCGGCUAAUUCGAGGUGCGUGUCUGGAGAGUGUGAGUCGUGGAUCCAACGGCAGGUCGUCCGCUUCCCACCCGCCGCAGGCUUCCGUCUUUUCUUUAGGUGAUCUUUCUCUUCGUGCGUGCGGAGGUUAAAUUCUUUUAUCC